AAUCUAUACAUUUCACUCCUCUAUAAAUAGCUCUCUCAUUGAUCAUCUCUUCACUUCACUAGCUCACAAGCAUCCUCUUGUGCCUGCACCAACCCUCCUUACUCCUUUUCUCCAAUCUUUCUUCCUGUUAGCUUUUAACCAAAUGGCUACUGUUGAGGUUGCAGCUGCUCCAGCAAUUCCAGAGGCUGAGGUACCUGAGGUGACCAAGACCGAGGAGACAACCACUGAAACUGCACCACCCGCCUCUGAGCCAGUAGCCGAAGAACUAACAGAAGCAGCACCCGCUGUUGCCCCGGCCGCAGAACCUGAAGCUGAACCUGCAGUUGAGGUUGAAACCAAGGAGGUUGUUGAAGAACCAGCAAAAGCUGAGCCUGAAGAGGUUGCAACUCCAGCAGUAGAAGAAACUCCUGAGGAGACUCCUGCAGAAACUGUUACUGAGGAGCCCAAAGAAGAGACCAAGGAGGAGGCAGCACCAGCUCCUGUUGAGGAAGAGAAACCAGCAGCAGAAGAGAAGCCAGCUGAAGCACCAGCUGCAGAGACAACCAGCACAGAAGUUCCAGUGGAGAUCACUGAGUGAAUAGAUUCUAUGAAGUGAAUGAUAGUACUGGUGGGGGUCUUUGUUUCUGUUAGGUUGCAUUGUCAAAGUCCUCAUGAGGUUUCUGUUUUGUUUCAUUUCUCUCUUUAUUGAUUUAUGAUUAUGGCUAAAGAAAAGGGUUUUGGGUGGGAUUAUGGGAUGUGGAAGCUACAGAGUCAAUAUUAAGCACUUGGAUCCGCAUCAGGUUGCCAGCCCAGGUCAGAAUACACAACAAGGAUGGUCGCUAUUGAAGUGUAAUGGUCAUGAGCCAUGACUCAUGAUGAUGGCAUGGGGUUUGGAUCUAUGUGGGUUCCAAUAGGUUCUACUGGUUUUGAAAUGGUGUGAUGAUGUGAUCUCUAGGCUUGAUAAUAAAAAUUAUAAUUUAUGUUUA